AUGGCUCCCGACCCGCACCACGUCACCUGGCGCGCGCGAUCGCCCGCGAACGCCCCGAUCGCGCGCUCCUCGCACGGCGCGUCCGUGAUCAACAACACCCUGUACGUGUUCGGCGGCGAGCACGUCGCGAGGACGCCCAUCGACUCCGUCGUCCACGCGCUCGACCUCACCGAUCCGAACGCCGCGUUCGUCGCGAUCGACGGCGGCGCGAAUGCGCCGCCGCCGCGCGUCGGGCACGCGCAGGCGUCGAUCGAGAACGUCUUCUACGUCUUCGGCGGUAGGCGCGGCGUGGAGAUGAACGAGUCGCCGCUGAACGACCUGUGGGCGUUCGACGUGGAAUCGCGCGAGUGGACCGAUCUCUCGGGCGGCGCCGGCGACGUGCCGUGCCCCCGCAGCUUCCACGUCGCGACCGCGGCGCGCGGCAAGCUGUACGUGUUCGGCGGGUGCGGCCCCGCGGACGCCGGACGCCUCGCGGACCUGCACGAGUACGACGUCGCGUCGAAGACGUGGACGAAGCUCCCCGGAUCGGACGCGAUCGAAAGCCGCGGCGGCGCCGGGUUCUCCUCCACGACGGACGGCUCGACGCUCGUCAUCGCGGGCGGGUUCGCCGGCCGCGAGAUGAAAGAUAUUCACGCGUACGACAUCGCGUCGAAGACGUGGCGCGCCCGGCCCGCGCCCGCGCCGCUGCGGCCGCGAAGCGUGUGGCCGGUGAUGGCGUUUACCUGCUACGGCGAUCACGUAAUCGGGUUCGGCGGCGAGGUGGACCCGUCCGAGCGCGGGCACGACGGCGCGGGCGGGUUCGCGAACGACGUCGUCGCGAUCGAGGUGCGCACCGGGGACGCGAAGACGCUGCCGCUCGGUCGGGGAGGAUUGGGCGCGGGCGUGGGAGGAGGAGACGGCGAGGAGGAGACGGCGGUCCCAGCCCCGCGAGGGUGGACCGCGGCGGCGGAGUGGCGCAGAGAGGGCGCGAUCGUGCUCUUCGGCGGUCUGAGCGGCUCCGACGCGGCGCCGGAGCGGCUCGGGGACGUCCAGAUCGGUUACAUCGAUCGCGGCGGGCUUCUCGCGUAG